AUGACAGAAAACCUGAAAACGGAACUGAAGCAGCUGCUCGGUUUCUUGACCUGAAGUGGCAGCUGCUGGUGGGGCCGCCGGGUGUGGACGUGAAGAGCGGGAGCUCAAGCAAGCAGUAAAGAUGUGGAAGUCUGUAGUGGGGCAUGAUGUGUCUGUUUCCGUGGAGACCCAGGGUGAUGACUGGGACACAGACCCUGACUUUGUGAAUGACAUCUCUGAGAAGGAGCAGCGGUGGGGAGCCAAGACCAUCGAGGGCUCUGGACGUGCAGAGCACAUCAACAUCCACCAGCUGAGGAACAAAGUGUCCGAGGAGCAUGACAUUCUCAAGAAGAAAGAGCUGGAGUCGGCGCCUAAAGCAUCCCAUGGCUAUGGAGGUCGGUUUGGAGUGGAAAGGGACCGGAUGGACAAGAGUGCUGUGGGCCACGAGUAUGUUGCUGACGUGGAGAAGCACUCAUCUCAGACUGAUGCCGCCAGAGGCUUCGGGGGCAAAUACGGAGUUGAGAGGGACCGAGCAGACAAGUCAGCUGUGGGCUUUGAUUACAAAGGAGAAGUGGAGAAGCACGCAUCUCAGAAAGAUUACUCUCGGGGCUUUGGUGGCCGCUACGGGGUAGAGAAGGAUAAACGGGACAAAGCGGCUCUAGGAUAUGACUACAAGGGAGAGACGGAGAAGCACGAGUCCCAGCGAGAUUAUGCCAAGGGCUUUGGUGGCCAAUAUGGAAUCCAGAAAGACCGAGUGGAUAAGAGUGCUGUUGGCUUCAAUGACAUGGAGGCCCCAACCACGGCCUAUAAGAAGACAACACCCGUAGAAGCUGCUUCCAGUGGUGCCCGUGGACUGAAAGCAAAAUUUGAGUCCAUGGCUGAGGAGAAGAAGAAGCAAGAGGAGAAAGAGAAGGCCCAGCAGAUGGCCAGGCAGCAACAGGAGCGAAAGGCUGUGGUAAAGAUGAGCCGGGAAGCUCAGCAGCCAGCUGUGCCUGUGGAAGAGCCUGCAGUGCCAGCCCCGUUGCCCAAGAAGAUCUCCUCAGAGGUCUGGCCUCCAGCGGGGACUCACCCACCCCCAGAACCUGAGCCUGUGAGGGCCAGAAGAGAACAGCCUGUGCCCUCCUUGCCGGUGAGACAGACUCCAGCACAGGUUCCCCUGGAGGACAAUGACGAGCCCCCAGCACUGCCCCCUAGGACCCCAGAGGGCCUCCAGGUGGUGGAAGAGCCCAUAUAUGAAGCAGAGCCUGAGCCUGAGCCUGAGCCUGAGCCUGAGCCUGAGCCUGAGCCUGAGCCUGAGCCUGAGCCUGAGAAUGACUAUGAGGAUGUUGGGGAGUUAGUUCAUCAGGAUGAGGAAGCAGAGGGGGACUAUGAGGAUGUGCUGGACCCUGUGGACACCUCUUCUCUGUCCUACCAGGCUGGAUCGUCAGGUGGGGCUGGUGGUGUGGGCACCUCUGCUGUUGCCCUAUAUGAUUACCAAGGAGAGGGAAGCGAUGAACUUUCCUUUGAUCCAGAUGACAUCAUCACUGACAUUGAGAUGGUGGAUGAAGGCUGGUGGCGGGGCCGUUGCCAUGGCCACUUUGGACUCUUUCCUGCAAACUAUGUCAAGCUCCUCUAGGGCCAGGCCCCACCGUCUUUUGCUACUGUGCCUCCCUCUGUCCACUCCACAGUACUACUGCGAGGACCCAAUAGGACGUCAAGGGAACCCUGAGGCUCUGCCAGCCCUCCCUUUCCUGCUUCAUUAAGAGCUUUAGGAAGAACCAACGUAGGCACGGGGCCUUCCCUCUGUGUCCACUCUCCCCUGAGCAGCUCAUGGAAUCUUCUUGUAGUCCUGCCUCCUUCAACAAUGCCCCAGUUCUGCUCUCCUCCCUCUUGAGUGCUGGGAGUCCCCAUGUGCUAGCCUAGAGGGAAGCUCUCACUAGACUGUCUCAUUCGUCUGGUUGUGGGUUUGCUCAUUUUUCUUCCCUUAAGAGACCAAUUGGAAGUGCCCCUCUGUUCAGUCCUAACACUGAAAAUAAAGUGAAACUGUGGCUUAGCUUUCUGCUGGGGUAAGCAGUGCUUUUAACACAGGCCUCCCUGGCCCUGACUCGCUAUCUCUCUUUCAGGUGCACCCAGAAGACCCCUCUAGUCUAU